AUGGAAAAAAAGAUAGUGCGCAAAGAGCCGCUGCCUGGAGGUCGCCAGGGCGCGUCUGGAGCUGGCGUUGGACGCGAUAGCAUGCGGGCCGCCAGCCGAGCGCGGUGUGUUGCAAGACCACCUAGCAGCCCCCCGCAUCCAUCAUCCCCACCAGAAGGUUUGGUGUCGGCUGGGUCUUCUCGGACUCAGCAAGCGGCACCCGCCGCUGGUGGAGCACGUCGCAUGCGUUGGUCAAAAUUAAUGAACGCAAACGCACUGCAGGCGUAUUUUAGGGCAAAAGAGGAGGAAACUGGAUGUUUGGCGUAUCGGGCUCGGAUGCAUCGCUUUUUUGCAGAGCUGGAGCCAUCUCUAUCCGUCACUGAGCAAAACCUGGCAGACCGAUUUCGAUACAUCCUGCACUCCAACAUAUUUGGUGACGCCGAAGUCGAAGGACUACGACGUGAGGCUAUUCCUUCAUCGAAUGGAAAUGCUACGGCUGGGAAUGCGGCGCCACUAGAUGCGCAACAAACUGCAUGCGUGGAUGCUGCCGUCAAUAUUCCAUUUGUGGCUAAUUCAGACGAUGAUGGAAUAGUCUCCCACGGACUAGAGAAAAUGAGGAGCAUAUUGGAAGAGUCGAUGCUGGAAACGCGCAGCAUGCCUCUCGAAAGUCGACCGCGACUUCCGCGCAUACCCCAUAGCAAGCAAAAUCGGGCUGUUGAUCGGGCUCUUAACCCAAUGUUGGUGACCUAUUUGGAAGCCAGCCGGGACCUUUGCGAGACGGACUCAAUUCUUUUUGGCGCCGUACUGGCAUUAUGCCGUUUUAUUGGCGCCAAACUUCAUGUGUCUGGACGUGCUACUCAAAAAAGUAGUGCCAUCCCAGCCCGGAGAAAAAUAAUUGAGGACCGUAUCGCAAAGGCAAGGGCCCUUAUCGACAGACUAAUAAGCUUCAGGUCGGGUAAUAAUAGACCGAGAGUUGUGCGCACCGUUAGAAUGGCGUUUGCUGGGACAAAUAUUAGUUUGUCCCAGCCGGAUAUCACGCAGAAACUAACGGAGCGCAUAGAUGACCUGAAGCAAAAAAUCGCUGCUUGUGGGAAGAGCAUUCGACGAUUUAGCGAGAGGUCAAGGCGGUUCAACCAGAAUCGUCUCUUCCAGAGUGAUCAGAAAAGGCUCUAUAAAUCAUUGGAGCGACCAGAGGUAUGUGGAGUGGGCCCAGGACCGGAUCAGGCUGACACUGUCGCAUUUUGGCGUGGCCUGUGGUCAGAGCCCGUAAACCACAGCGAGGGCCCUUGGAUAGAAGUUGUGGCGAGCCAGAGUGCGAGUGUUAUGGACCCCAUCACCAUAACACCUGAAGAAGUAGCUGAGGCGUGGAUAGAGGCUGAGUUGGAGCGAGACUUCAGUGAUGUGGACGAUGAAAAAGUGGAUCCAGAUUUCUGUUUGCACAGUGAUCAUGACUCGGCUUCAGAACAUUCUGAGGAUGAUGAAAAGACCUUAAGUCAGUGGAUAGAGGCUAAGUUGGAGCGAGACUUUAGUGAUGUGGACGAUCAAGAAGUGGAUCCAGAUUUCUGUUUGCACAGUGAUCAUGACUCGGCUUCAGAACAUUCUGAGGAUGAAGAAACUCAAUCUCAACGACAAAGAUCACCCCGCAGUUCAGUUGCGAUGCAAGAUUCAGGUCUAUCUUCAAUACAAGAUAAUAUACACACAGAAUCCCAAAGAUACUACAUAGGUAUGAAUGGUUUAAAUGGUGAAGCGAUGAACCAGUGA